AUGACGAUGACGAAGACGACGAGCGGCGGCAGUAAAAUCCUGGUGAUCGGCGGCACGGGGACCAUCGGGCGGCACAUCGUCGCGGCGAGCCUCGAGGCCGGCCACCCGACGCUCGUGCUCGUGCGCCGCUCGCCGGCGCCCGCCGCCGCCGCCGCCGGCGUCGACCCCGACAAGGCCAAGCUCCUGGCGUCUCUCGAGGCCAGCGGAGCCACCCUUGUCUACGGCGACAUGAACGACCACGAGAGCUUGGUGGCGGCGAUCAAGCGGGCGGACGUCGUGAUCUCCGCCGUCGGCCACCGUGGGACGGUGGAGCUCGACGGCCAGCUUAAGGUCGUCGACGCCAUAAAGGAAGCCGGAAAUAUUAAGAGAUUCGUGCCGUCGGAGUACGGGUGCGACGUGGAGCAGGCGGAGGCGGCGACCCUGGAGCCGGCGAGGAGCAUCAUCGCCGCCAAGGUCCGCGUCCGCGAGGCCGUCAGGGCCGCCGCCAUCCCCCACACCUUCAUCUGCAGCUACUGGGCCCACGGCUUCAUGCUCCCCCGCCUCGGCGACCCCCUCGUCGACCGCCCUCCGGCCACCGCCGCCGUCGUCUACGGCGACGACACCCAGCGAGCCAUUUUCGUGGACGAGAAGGACAUGAGCGCGGUGGCGAUAAGGGCCGUGGACGACGAGCGGGCGCUGAACAAGAUCCUGUACGUGCGGCCGGCGGCGAACAAGCUGUCGCUGGGCCAGCUCGUCCGCCUCUGGGAGAAGAAGUCCGGCAGCACCCUCGAGAAACUCUACGUCUCCGACCAGCAGCUGGCCAAGAAAGUGCAAGAGUCUCCGUUCCCGGUGAACUUCCAGCUGGCGAUGGUGCACUCGACGCUGGUGGCCGGCGUGUGCGAGCAGGCCAUCAACCCGGCCGUCGGGGCGGAGGCGACGGAGCUCUACCCGGACAUGGACUUCCUCACCGUCGACGACUACCUCGACGGCCUCCUCUCAAUCUAGAUCGAUCCAUCCAUCCAUCCAUGAUCCAUCCUUCGUUCAUGCAGGCCCACUUCUAUAUACACGCGUGUCGUAGUACAUAUAUAUGUACUUAAUUUCUUUCGUGCGUCCACGUCAUUUAAUUAAUUAAGCCAGUAAGCCUCACGGACUGCUGUUAAUUUGCCAUGCAUGGACCAAACAUGAGCUAGCACACGGGAAACAAUUUAUAGCACACGAUCGACUUCGAUCAGUGUAAUGUAAUCCGUUACUGUUUUAUUAUCGGAAUGUGUCUACAGUUUCAAUCAUCACUUUCAUAUUUGGAUGAUGAUAUACAGAGGUUUGUCCCCAAAGAGACAAAAUAUUUG